AUGAACGAACUGAUGGCCUCAGCUAACAUCCCGGAACAUGUAUUCCCUCCACCACGCCAUACCUUCUCCUACUCCUCGACAUCGCCAUCGACUCCUUCUUCUCCAACAAUCUCAUACUUCCAAGAGCUAGCAACACAACACCUCCACCACCUAAAACACCAACAACGAAACAGUACAACCAGCGCCUCCGACUGUCGACGAAAGUACACCGCACGAUGUCUCUUCCUCGACAUCGUCACUAACAAACUACACCUGCACCUCAACCAAAACCGGGACCCCUCCAAUCCUUCCGCCCCAAAACAAAAAGAAGGCUUCAAACUCUACUGCGACGACCUCCGCCCCUCCAACGUCCUCAUAAACACCCGCACAGGAAAAAUCUCCGGUGUCAUCGAUUGGGAAUUCACCUACGGUGCACCAUCCGAGUUCACGACUGUAGCGCCGUGGUGGCUGUUACUUCAAAGUCCGGAGGAUUGGGAGGAUGAUUUACAUCUCUUUCUGAACCGAUACAGGCCGAGACUGAAGUUAUUUCUGGAAAUUCUGAAGAAGAGAGAAGAUGUGUUGAUUGCACAGAACCAGCUAUUAGAGGAGGAGCGUCUGAGUAUAUAUAUGCAGCGCUCGAUAGAAAAUGAAGGGGAAGGAGAAGAAGAAGAAGGUGGAGGAGAAGGGACGGGAUUAUUUUGGAUCUGCCUGGCGGCGAGAUAUAGCUCCAUGUUUGAUGAGGUUUACUGGGGGUUUCUUGAUGAGAGGUUCUUCGGUUCUUUUACUUCGUUGGAACAGAGGAUGGGGUUGUUGAGUGAGGAGCAGCGGCUGGAGAUGGAGGCAUUGGCGAGGGAGAAGAUGGGAGAGUGGGAUGGUAGUGAAGGGAAGGGGGAGGAAGGGUUUGUGGAUCAUUAUCCGAUUGAUAAAUUGCUUGAGGUGUAG